AUGAACUUUUUAUUCUUUUUACAACUGCCCAAACUACAAUUUCGAACUUCCGAUGGACUCUGGGAUCGUGGAUGGGCCCAACGGAAAGAAUACUUUAGGCCAUUUGCUGGUAGCGCAUAUGUUUAUGCUAUUGUAGGCCCAUUUAAUAUCAAUACUGCAACUUACACAGAGCUCAUGACAAUUGAUGAUAUUGGUGUACCAGAAAAGGUAUUGGAAAGAUUAAAAUUUCUAGAGGUGACAGAUUAA